AUGCCGCCCUGCAGUGUCGGGAGUGGGGGAGGGCUGGGCCCGAAGGGACGGGGGAACAGCGGAGGCGGGCUGAUAGUUGGGCGACCUGGUCCGGUGGGCGACCUGGUCCGGUUGGGCGACCUGCUCCGGUUGGGCGACCUAGUCCGGUUGGGCGACCUGCUCCGGUUGGGCGACCUGCUCCGGUUGGGCGACCUGCUCCGGUUGGGCGACCUGCUCCGGUUGGGCGACCUGCUCCGGUUGGGCGACCUGCUCCGGUUGGGCGACCUGCUCCGGUUGGGCGACCUGCUCCGGUUGGGCGACCUGCUCCGGUUGGGCGACCUGCUCCGGUUGGGCGACCUGCUCCGGUUGGGCGACCUGCUCCGGUUGGGCGACCUGCUCCGGUUGGGCGACCUGCUCCGGUUGGGCGACCUGCUCCGGUUGGGCGACCUGCUCCGGUUGGGCGACCUGCUCCGGUUGGGCGACCUGCUCCGGUUGGGCGACCUGCUCCGGUUGGGCGACCUGGCCCGGUUGGGCGACCUGGCCCGGUUGGGCGACCUGGCCCGGUUGGGCGACCUGGCCCGGUUGGGCGACCUGGCCCGGUUGGGCGACCUGGCCCGGUUGGGCGACCUGGCCCGGUUGGGCGACCUGGCCCGGUUGGGCGACCUGGCCCGGUUGGGCGACCUCGUCCGACCGAGCGACCUCGUCCGACCGAGCGACCUCGUCCGACCGAGCGACCUCGUCCGACCGAGCGACCUCGUCCGACCGAGCGACCUCGUCCGACCUAGCGACCUCGUCCGACCGAGCGACCUGGUCCGACCGAGCGACUUGGUCCAACUGAGCGACUUGGUCCAAGUCGUGCAGUGCUGGGUCCGGUGGCUCGUCUGGAGCUGUGGGGCUACUCUUUUGCAGCAGACGGCUUUGUUGGGCCCUGUGGCCAAUUUGACGCUGUGGGGCGGCUCUCUGGCGGCAGAUGGCUCUUUACUCAACACACGCACCGUGGGAGGCGGAACGGGGAGAUUCGGGAGUGGAGUAGGGGGAGUGGAGGUAGGAGAAGGAGGAGUGGGGGACGGAGAAAGGGGAGUGGGGGGCGGAGAAGGCAGAGUUGGGGUUAGAGAAAGGGAAGUGGGAAGCGGAGGACUGGGAGGGGGGGCAGGGGGAACAGUAGUGAUCCAUGCAACUUUACUCAACAUGACUCGAGGGGCUGUGAUAUCAGCGUCAGGGGGACAGGGGCAUUCGGUGGGAGGCGGCGGAGGGGGCGGGGGAAAAGUGUACUUUGCAUGGCAGAACCUGGAACAGACGCAAGGAGAUAAGUACACACCACGUGCUACUAUCGAGGGGAACUGGAGCGAUGCUAUCAGAACAAGUGGAGGGCAGGGCAGCUACGAAGGGGAGGACGGCAAGGUGGGAUGGACAGGGUCGGCGGAUUGCCCUCCAGGCCUGGUGGGGCUGCUGUGUGAGGAGUGCCGUGUCGGCACCUUCAAGAACCAUCCGGCUCCGACCCUUCCCUCUGCCUGGACUGCCCAAUCGAGCUCUUGCCACACCAUGCCGAGUUCGCCUACAAGCGAGGUGUGUACAAUGCGGUUGGAUGCGGUGCUGUGGUGUGGUUGCUGGUCCCACCAGGGACGGCUGGUGGGGCUGCUGUGUGAGGAGUGCCGUGUGGGAACCUUCAAGAACCAGUCCGGAUCUGAUCCUUCCCUCUGCCUGCGCUGCCCGCUCGAGUUGUUGCAACACCACGCCGAGUUCGCCUACAAGCGAGGUUCGUUCGGUGCAAGGGGGGAGAUAGAGAGGUAUUCCCAAUCAAGUCAGGUGCCCGCCCAUGCUGAUCUCGCGGGUCCGAUGUGUUGUGCCCAUCCUGUUCUCUCACCUGCUCGCUUUCCUCUCACCCGUCCCCCCCUUCCAGGUGGCUCCAGCAGUGCGCCCUGCCCCUACCGCUGUCUCUCCUCGCACUUCUCCCUGCCCCACUGCGACACGCCAAUGGAGGGUCUCACUCGCGACCUGGUCUCGUCCCACCCCCAUGGAGGCACUUUCUUUAUUCUCUCGUCUCCUCCCUUCCGCCCUGCCCUUCCUCUGACCCCGUCCCUCCCUUCUACAGGUGGCGCCAGCAGUGCGCCCUGCCCCUACCGCUGUCCCUCCUCGCACUUCUCCCUGCCCCACUGCGACACACCAAUGGAGGGCCUAAUCCUUGACCUGGGCUCUCCCCUUUCAACCCCUCCAAAUCUAUCCAUUUCCCUCUGUUUCAGGUCUAAUCCGCGACCUGGGCGGGCCCUGGGUGGUCAUGCUAGCGUGCACGCUCUCCUCUUUCAUCCCUGUUCGUUCUCCCUCGCUCCCCUCACUCCAGGUGGUGCCACCAGUGCGCCCUGCCCCUACCGCUGUCUCUCCUCGCACUUCUCCCUGCCCCACUGCGACACAUUCUUUGAAGGUCUCAUCCGAGAUCUGGGCGGGCCCUGGGUGUUCGCGCUCGCCUGCACGCUCUCCGUGCUGCUGCUGGGCUUUGCGAUUACUCUCGCGCGCGCCAAGCUGCUGCUGGCAGGGGACGAUUUGGCCCAGCCGCAGACGCGAGAUUCAGAUGUUUCCUCGCACAUGGACCACUCCCUGCCGUUUUUGGAGUCACUUAACGAGAGGAGGCAGCGUCGCACGUCCACCGGGUGUUCUUCUGUGGAGACAACUCCUUCUCGCACCCUCCUUACCUCUCUCUCCAUCCGUCCCACACACAUUCUUGCCCGUCAGGUGAUGGAGAACACAAGGGUGGAAGAGGCAGCCUCACACGUGCACCGGGUCUUCUUCUGUGGAGACAACUCCUUCUCGCACCCGCUGCACCUCCCGCACUCCCCGCCGCACGCAAUCUCCGAUCUCGUAUACGAGGACUCAUACAACCGACUAGUAGACGAGGUUAACGCCAUUGCGUGCUACCGGUGGUGGGAGGGGUGUGUGCACUCGCUGCUGGCGCUACUCGCGCUGCCGUUCGCGUGGUCAUGGCAGCAGUGGCGGCGCCGCCUCGUGGUGCAGCGGCUGCGGGAGUUUGUUCACACGCGCUACGACCACUCCUGCCUGCGCUCCUGCCGCUCCCGCGCGCUGUAUGAAGGCCUCAAAAUGUCAGCUACCCCGGAUCUGGUCCUGGGCUACAUGGACGUGUUUCUGGGCGGCGACGAGAUGGCCACGCAUGUCCUGCCGAGCUUUGCCCACCGCCUGCCGCUGCUGCUGGUGCUGGGCGGCAACGGGUCGUACAUGGCGCCGUACCAUCUCUUUACGGACGACCUCCUUACCAACAUCAUCUCCCAGGUGUGUUCUUGGCGGGCUGUACGUGGCGCCAUACCAUCUCUUCACGGACGAUCUUCUCACCAAUUUCCCAGGUGUGUUUUCAAGUCACUCAGGUUCGAACACCGACCCUUCCUCUCACACCUCCCCUCUGCCGAUCCUACACCCGGACCUGCUGGCCCGGCUCACUUUGCUCCCAGGUUCGACACAGGCUCGGGAAGUGGUCUGGCACGAAGCAUCCAUGGCUCAAUUCCCGAGAAUCUCUCUUUGCUAGGUGACAAGGAUGCGAGACGGGGCGGCGAGAGGAGGGAAGUGGAGCGGCAAAUCUCGUCUGUUUCUGCGGGGUUGCUGUGGCAGGCGGCGGGGGGACGGGUGGGGAAGAGGCAGCAAGGGGGGUUGAUAGACGCGCAGGUGCUGCAACGGCUGGAUGGGGGGAGGGGGCUGUGCUUGCCUGGCUGCGGGCUGCUGCUGCGAAACACUCUGCCUGUUGGUCACGAUGCAGCAGUGGGUUUGGCAAUGUCAAUGCUCCUCCUGGCCGACCUCUGCCUCUUCCUCCUCUGCCUCCUCCAAUCCUACAGCACCUCCCUCCUCGCCUUUGCUCUCAUGCUCUUCAUCCUGCCGCUCGCGCCGCUCUUCUCAGCAGCAGCAGGGCUGAACGCGCUCUUUGCCCAUGGGGCAAGGGGGGGAGCUGGGUUGGGGAGGGUGUAUGGGCUGUGGAACGUCACUUCUCUUGCCAACGGGCGCCCUCCCACGGGGCGGAGCGGGGCUGGGGAGGGUGUAUGGGCUUUGGAACGUCACUUCUCUUGCCAACGGGAUCUCUUAAGUGCUCGUUCCUUCCCGUCCUGCUCCCUGCCCCCUUACCCGCCUCUUUUCCCACCCACUUGUAUUUUCCCUCCCCCCUUCAGGGAGUCUGCAGCAACAGAGGAGUUCACGUGGUUGCUGUUCCCAGCCAUGUUUGUGGCCUGCAAGCUGGCUCAGGCACGAGUCAUAGACCGCCACGUGGCAAAUCUGGAGAUUCAGGAUCGCACUCUACUGGCAGAGGACCCUACUGUCUUUUGGGAGGCGUAG